ACGCAGGAGCUCCCCCGGCUGCCUCUCGCGAGCACAUUUUACGCAGCAUUGGGGGCUUCGAGUCACGCCGACCGGAGCUUCUCCCUUAAUGUCCGUGUUACUGCAGACACGUUCGGGAAUGCCGAGGCUGUGUAGGUGACGCGAGUGGGAGAGGUUGGAGUGUCACUCGAGCGAGCGUCAGGCAAUGAGUCGCUCUUAAAGAUGCUGCUCGUGCAGCCGCGGAGGAGACGACCAGAGCUCGCGCUCAAACCCCAUCCUUCGAUGCCUGCCAGUUUCCAGGUGCUCUGGGGAGCAAAGCAACGAUCCGGACUUUGUUGGACACCCAACGGUCAAGUGGCGUAUUUCUAACUGGGAUGGAGAUUUUUCCCGCACAGCUGCAGCGCUGUAUGGAUAAAGCCUAUUAAGAAGGAAAAUAAGGGUAUCAUUAUUAUAUAGAUAUAUUUUUUGAAGUGCCCUUUCCUGAGUGUUUUACGACUGGCCGAUACGUUUCUUCAUUCAUUCAUUCAUCCAUUCAUCAAUGCAUUCACGCAAUCAUUCAAUGCAUUCAUUGAGCGCCUGCUCUCUUUGGGCACGAAGAAAACCCUGGGUAGCACUUAAAGAUUAAAGCUCAACAUCAUCAACAGGAAAAAAGAGAAAUCUUUCUAUAAACAGCAUCUCCUGCCUGGGAAGAAGAGCAACCAGAGAACAAGAAAGACUGGCUGAUGCACAAGAUUACUGGACAUGAAGGGCAGCAAGGGAUACAUGCAGACUGGAUUUUUGGAAACAAGUCAGGCUCUUUUCCAUGAUGUGAGAUGCUGCUUAGAAACUAACAGCAGCCACUAAAGAUCAAGUAAAGUUUCCUGGCUUUGGAGAUAAAAGGUGGCUGUGAGAAGGGGCAUCCCCGGGCCAGGACCCAUGAGGAGGCAUAGAAGAUGCUCGCACCCUGGGCGCCUUUGCUCUUCUUAGCAAUGUGGGUGAGAAGUGCCACCAGUGGGCCACUCUCCUUCAGAAUAGCUGCAAUCCUCGAUGAUCCAAUGGAGUGCAGCCGGGGGGAGCGCUUGGCCAUCACUCUGGCAAAAGAUAGCAUCAACCGUUCCAGCAACCGCUCGACCACAGGCAAACUGGAGGUGGACAUCUUUGAGUUGCUCAGAGACAGUGAAUAUGAGACUGGAGAGACCAUGUGCCAGAUCAUGUCUAAGGGGGUGGUGGCAGUCCUGGGCCCCUCUGCCAGCCCAGCUUCCAACUCCAUCAUCAGCAAUAUCUGUGGCGAGAAAGAGGUACCAUAUGUGAAAGUGGCCCCGGAGGACAUACUGAAGGUUCAGUUUCCCCGUUUCACCACGCUAGACCUCAGACCCACCAACACAGAUAUCAGCCUGGCUGUAGCUGGCCUCCUCACCUUUUUCAACAGCACCACGUCUUGCCUCAUCUGUGCCCAGGCUAACUGCCUAUUAAACCUGGAAGUGUUACUGCGACAGUUUCUCAUUUCCAAGGAAACACUUUCUGUUCGCAUGUUGGAUGACAGCCAAGACCCUACUCCCCUCCUCAAAGAGAUUCGUGAUGACAAGACUGCCACCAUCAUCGUCGAUGCCAAUGCCACCAUGUCUCACAUCAUCCUGGAGAGGGCGUCAGAGUUAGGGAUGCUAUCUGUCUACUAUACCUACAUCUUUACCUCGCUGGAGUUCUCUAUGCUGCAACUUGAUGAUGUAGCUGAUCAACGAGUGAGCAUCAUCGGGUUCUCAGUCUUCAACAGAACACACCCCUUCUUCCAAGAUUUCCUUCUCAGCCUGAACCGCUCAUGGCAGGAGAACUGUGAUCAUGCCCCUUUUGCUGGCACACCGCUCUCAUCUGCACUGCUGUUUGAUGCCGUCCACACAGUAGUUGCGGCUGUGCAGGAGCUGAACCGCAGCCAAAAUGUGGGGGCAACUCAGCUUUCUUGCAAGUCCUCAAAGAUUUGGGAGCAUGGCACCAGUCUGAUGAACUACUUGAGAAUGGUAGAAUUGGAAGGUCUAACAGGUCAUAUCGAGUUCAACAGCAGGGGCCAGAGGUCCAACUAUGCCCUGCGCAUCAUGCAGAACAGCAGGGACGGCCUAAGGCAGAUCGGUCAGUGGCAUUCGGAACAGGGGCUGUCCAUGGAGAAAAAGCUUCCCUCCCUUAAUGUUACAGACACACUCUUUAACACCACACUGAUCAUCACAACCAUUCUGGAAAAUCCUUAUGUGAUGCUGAAAUCCAACUACCAGGAGCUGGAUGGGAAUGAGCGUUAUGAAGGUUUUUGUGUGGACAUGCUGAAGGAGCUGUCUGACAUCCUGAAAUUCAACUACCGCAUUAAACUAGUGAGCGACGGAGUGUACGGUGUCCCGGGGGCCAAUGGAACCUGGACGGGAAUGGUGGGCGAGCUCAUCGCCAGGAAGGCGGAUCUAGCCGUGGCUGGGCUGACCAUCACAGCUGAGCGAGAGAAGGUCAUUGAUUUCUCCAAGCCCUUCAUGACACUGGGGAUUAGUAUCAUGUACAGAGUGCAUUUGGGAAGAAGACCGGGAUAUUUUUCCUUCCUGGAUCCCUUCUCUCCAGGGGUCUGGCUCUUCAUGUUGCUGGCAUAUCUAGCAGUUAGCUGUGUGCUUUUUCUGGUAGCCAGGUUGACCCCCUACGAAUGGUACAAUCCACACCCCUGCCUGAAGGGACGCUGUAGUCUCCUCAUAAAUCAGUACUCCUUGGGGAACAGUUUUUGGUUCCCAGUAGGUGGCUUCAUGCAGCAAGGUUCCACUAUUGCUCCACGAGCUCUUUCUACACGUUGUGUCAGUGGAGUAUGGUGGGCCUUCACGCUUAUCAUCAUCUCUUCCUACACGGCCAACCUGGCUGCUUUUCUCACCGUCCAGAGGAUGGACGUCCCCAUCGAGUCUGUGGAUGAUCUGGCAGAUCAGACAGCCAUUGAGUACGGGACCAUGCACGGUGGCUCCACCAUGACCUUCUUCCAGAACUCGCGCUACCAGACAUACCAGCGCAUGUGGAACUUCAUGCACUCCAAGCAGCCCAGUGUAUUUGUGAAGAGCACAGAAGAAGGCAUCGCCCGUGUACUGAACUCCAAUUACGCCUACCUAUUAGAGAGCACCAUGAACGAGUACUACAGGCAGCGUAACUGCAACCUCACACAAAUCGGAGGUCUGCUGGACACCAAGGGCUAUGGCAUUGGAAUGCCUGUGGGUUCUGUGUACAGGGAUGAGUUUGACCUGGCCAUCCUCAGACUGCAGGAAGAGAACCGCUUGGAGAUUCUAAAAAGGAAAUGGUGGGAUGGUGGGAAGUGUCCGAAAGAGGAGGACCAUCGAGCCAAAGGUCUAGGCAUGGAGAACAUCGGCGGGAUCUUUGUAGUCCUGGUGUGUGGCCUGUUAGUUGCUAUCUUCAUGGCAGUGUUGGAGUUUGUAUGGAUGCUACGUCACACUCCAGGAACAGAGCUGUCAGUGUGUGAGGAGAUGCUACGGGAGCUGCAAGGGAUCGUGCUGUGUCAGGACAGCCUGCAGUUGCGACGGAGACGUAGCGGUGGCCCCAGCUCUCUUCGCUCGCAUCCUCUACCCGCCGAGGACAGACGUGCUCGGCUCACAGGGACCAGUCUGAGCAAUGGCAGGUUGUGCACAGGCACGGGACUGUCAGAGCCACUCUCUCACAAACUAACACAGGAGGCGACUAUCGUGGAGCGCGGUUGCAGCCACAUCCGCAUCUGCCCCGAGUGCAGACGUUUCCAGGGGCUGCGCGUGCACCCACCAGGGACCCCACGGGCAUCGCCCACCCACAGUGACGAUAGCUUCGAGUGGGACAAGACCACCAACAGCAGUGAACCUGAAUAACAAACGCUGGCAAUUCACAAAACCGAUCCUGGGACCGAGGAGCAGAGCAAAUCGGAUACGGACCACGAUUUGCAGACAUGUUUGUAAUUUCCGGAAAGCUGGAAUGGAUCGAAUAUCUGUAUACACUGCCCUCUUCAUUAUCUGCCCUGAAAUAGCAUUUUGCAGCCAACAGAAAACGGAGGGGCUUUGUACUAUGCAGUAUAUAUAUAUUUUCUGUCUUGCUGUGCUGUUGGUUUUAUUUUAAAUUAUUCCUCAUUUGGUUGUGAGAUCUCAGUUGUACUGUCACUAGAUUGCAAGUGCUAUUUUCUUGUUCUCACAAUGACCGUGAUUACAGCAUUUAUUUCCUUCAACCAGCAGAAAGGCAUUCCUUACUGACAACAGAUUCAUGAAGACUUUUCAUAUCAUCACAUUCUGGAAGCAUUUUUUUAAGUGCCAAAUAAACCUGGUAUCGAUUGUU